AUGGCUGAUUCUUCUGAAGUUCAAUUACCUGAUAUCACCCGUCGUUUUAGACUAACAAUCAUCGUCAUUUUUAGCUGCUUGUAUGUUGUAUCUGCGUGUGCUUACGCCAUUAUAGCUCCAUUUUUCCCUAUUGUGGCUGAAAAAAGACAAAUAACACAUGUUCAACUUGGGAUAAUAUUCGUGGUGUAUUCUAUUGUGAAAGCCAUCUUCUCACCUAUUGUUGGCAUUUUGUUACCUCGUGUUGGAGUUAGAUAUGUCUUGUGGGCUGGGUUAACCAUAGAAGCCGGUAGCAGCAUCCUUUUAGGAUUUUUGGCAAAUAUAUACGAUAGAACAUCGUUUCUGCUAUUUGGUAUAAUUUUAAGAGGAACACAGGGACUCGGCUCAGCUAUGUAUCAAACGGCUGCAGCUUCGUAUAUCACCGUCAUAUGUCAAGAUUCCGUAGCUACAGUAUUGGGUGUUUUAGAGAUUUUUACCAGUAUAGGGUUUAUGGUUGGCCCACCUGUUGGGGGUAUACUAUAUUCGGCGGGAGGUUUUAAAUUGCCUUUUAUAGUUUUAUCGUCGAUACUGUUAGCCGCUAGCUGUAUUGUUGCGUACAUGUUGCCUGCGAUACCUUGUUUUGGAUUAGCUUUACUACUCACAUCCAUCACAUUUACUGAUCCUACCUUCACGCUGCAUUUAAAACCGGGGUAUCGAAUGUUAACGAUAAUUGGCUAUUUGGGAGCGGCUAUAUCCCUACAAUUCUUAGGACCAGCACCAUAUUUACAUUUACCAUUGACCGUAGCACAAUCUGUUCUGGCAAGUAUAGGUCUUGGUGCAGCGUUCUCAUUAGCGGCUAUUCCAUCUUUUCCAGAUAUAUUGGAAGCAGUAUCAAACAGUCGCUAUUGCCAAGACAAGGGACAGUUGGCUACAUAUUCUGUCACGUCAGGAAUAUUUAAUGGAUUUCUGGGAUUAGGGCAAAUACUUGGCCCUCUUGUUGGAGGUGUCUUUGUGGCCAAUGCCGGAGUAGACUUUGAUUGGGUUGCAGCUAUCCUUGGAUUCAUCUUUUUAGCUCAGACGGUUGCAGUAAUUAUUUUAACUCUAUGGGAAGGUACUGGCUUCUUCAAUAUUAACAGGGCCUUACCGGAAGAUAAAGAAUCAAAUAAACCUACCGGGAAUGAUAAUAACGAUGAUAAUGAAUCAAAACCGUUACUUGCAUGA